AUGAUGCUCCGCUUCCUCAAGGCCCGCAAGUUCGAGAUCGACAAGAGCAAGCAGAUGUGGUCCGACAUGCUCAACUGGCGCAAGGAGUUCGGCACCGACACCAUCAUGGAAGAUUUCCAAUUCGAGGAGGUGGAGCAGGUGCUGGAGCACUACCCGCAGGGGCACCACGGCGUGGACAAGGACGGCCGGCCGAUCUACAUCGAGAAGCUGGGCGCCAUUGACACCACCAAGCUGCUGCAGGUCACCAGCAUGGACCGCUACGUGAGGUACCACGUGAGGGAGUUCGAGAGGGCCUUCGCCCUCAAGUUCCCGGCCUGCUCCAUCUCCGCCAAGCGCCACGUCGACCAGAGCACCACCAUCCUCGACGUCUCCGGCGUGGGCUACAAGAACUUCAACAAGGCUGCGAGGGAUCUCAUCGGCCAGCUCCAGAAAAUCGACGGGGAUAACUUCCCUGAGACCCUGUGCCGGAUGUUCAUCAUCAACGCCGGUCAGGGAUUCAGGCUCCUGUGGAACACCGUCAAGUCCUUCCUUGACCCCAAGACCACAGCCAAGAUCCAUGUUCUCGGCAACAAGUACCAGAGCAAGUUGCUGGAAGUCAUUGAUCCCAGCGAAUUGCCCGAAUUCUUUGGGGGCACUUGUGUAUGCGAGGGCGGAGGUUGCAUGCGCUCCGACAAAGGACCGUGGAAGGACCCUGAAAUCAUAAAGAUGGUGCAAUGUGGCUUGGGGAGGUGCGGGAUGAACAACUCGGACCCUGCCAGCGCCGAGGAGAAGACGAUCACCGAGGACGAUGCUGCGCCGGCUGUAAAGGUUGCCACGAGCUUUCCUACUCAUAUAUGCAGCUCUCCUAAGGUGGCGCACGACAAGGUCGAACACCCGCCGCAUAUGGCUCCCCUCCAUGAGGUGCCAAAUGAAGAGGCCAAGGAUUCGCAGGUUGCUCCUUCCGGUAACGAGGGGGGCUCCGCGCCCUACGACGAGCUCUUCCCCAUGGCGGACAAGGGCAUGGAUUUCAACUGGAACGGCGAGAUGAGCGCGGAGAAGCUCGCCAUCGCGAGAGAUAUGUACGCGUCGCUGCCGGACGCGUACAAGCACGGCGACGCCGGGGACCGGCAGGUGGUGACGGGGUUCAUGGCGUUCGUGAUGGGGGUGGUGGCCAUGUUCCGGCUUCUGGAGACGUCGAAAGGGCAGCAGGAGGAGGUGCUGGCGUACAUCGAGAAGAAGAAGAAAAAGAAGGGGAUGGUAAUGCCGGCACUCUCGCUCACUCGCUACUGUCAGCUUGAGCUUGUGGUAGCACCCAUCUUAUAA